UUUAAAAGGUCAAUCAGGUAUUACCCGUAACAUGGUUACCGGUAUAAAUGUACCUGACUGCGUGUUCAGGUGACGCUGCCGCCCGGUCCGUGUGCGCGGCUGACCGCAUGGCUCCGGAGGGGACGCUGCAUCCUGUCAUCGACGCGUUCAUCAACCUCACGGCGGGGGCCGCAGGCGGGGUAGCCUGUGUGGUGAGCGGACAGCCGUUUGACACAGUGAAGACGAAGCUGCAGACGUUUCCCGGCCUGUACCGUGGCUUCCUGGACUGCUUCCUGAAGACGCAGCGGCAGGACGGGCUGUGGGGGCUGUAUCAGGGCACUGUGCCCGCCCUCCUGGCCAACGUGGCAGAGAACGCCGUGCUCUUCGCCUGCUACGGAAGCUGCCAGCAGCUCACCGCCAGGGUCUGCGGGUUAGAGAGCGUCUCCGAUCUCAGUGAUCUGCAGAACGCAGCUGCAGGCUCCUUGGCCUCAGUCUUCUCCUCGCUGGUGCUGUGUCCCACAGAGCUGGUGAAGUGCCGCAUGCAGGCCCUGCAUGAGAUGAGGGCCGCAGGCAAAACCUCUCUGUCCUGCCGAGUCUCCACCUGGUCCAUCGUUAAAGGCAUUCUGCAGAGGGAGGGGCCGAGCGGCCUAUUCCAGGGCAUGAGCAGCACCUGGCUCAGGGAGGUGCCCGGGUACUUCUUCUUCUUUGGGGGGUAUGAGAUCAGCAGGAGCCUCUUCACCCAGCCGGGAAGCUCCAAGGAUGAUCUGGAGGCACUCCCACUGGUGGUGAGUGGAGGAAUCGGAGGCGCUUUCUUUUGGCUGGCUGUGUACCCCAUCGACUCGGUGAAGUCUCGCAUCCAGGUGCUGUCCAUGGCUGGCAAACAGGCCGGCUUCUUCCUGACCCUGAUUAGCAUCCUACGCUCAGAGGGUUGUCUUGCCCUGUACUGUGGUCUCACUCCCACUGUCCUGCGCGCCUUCCCCUCCAACGGUGCUCUCUUCCUGGCAUACGAGCUCACCCGCAAGGCUCUGACCAGCCAGGCCCUGGGCAGCUGA